AUGUCGGCGGUGAUGAUAACCCGAAAGGUGCGAAAAUGGGAGAAGCUCCCUGGAAAAAACACUUUCUGUUGCGACGGACGGGUGAUGAUGGCCCGGCAGAAGGGAGUCUUCUACCUGACCCUGUUCCUCAUCGUCGGGACCUGCUCCCUCUUCUUUGCUUUCGAAUGUCCAUACCUGGCUGUCCAUCUGUCUCCUGCCAUCCCAGUUUUCGCUGCUCUGCUCUUCCUCUUUGUCAUUGCCAUGUUGCUGAGGACUAGCUUCAGUGACCCCGGGGUGCUGCCACGGGCUCUUCCAGAGGAAGCCACAUUCAUCGAGAUGGAAAUUGAGGCUGCCAAUGGGAACGUCCCCGCAGGGCAGCGACCACCACCUCGAAUCCGCAAUGUUCAGAUCAACAACCAGAUCGUCAAGCUCAAGUACUGCUACACAUGCAAGAUCUUCCGACCACCUCGAGCAUCUCACUGCAGCAUCUGUGACAACUGUGUUGAUCGUUUUGAUCACCACUGUCCAUGGGUAGGCAACUGUGUGGGCAAGAGGAACUACCGAUACUUCUACAUGUUCACCCUGUCGCUCUCCCUGCUCACCAUUUAUAUCUUCACCUUUGACAUCAUUCACGUGGUGAUGCGUUCAGUAGACAAUGGCUUUUUGAACACUUUGAAGAUAACACCUGGAACUGUGCUGGAGGUGUUGGUGUGUUUCUUCACCCUGUGGUCCGUGGUGGGACUGACCGGCUUCCACACCUACCUGAUCUCUCUCAACCAGACCACCAACGAGGAUAUUAAAGGAUCCUGGUCGGGAAAGAACAGAGUCCAGAACCCGUACAGCCACAAGAACAUCAUUAAAAACUGCUGCGAGGUGCUCUGUGGGCCUGUGUACCCGAGCGUCUUGGACAGAAGAGGACUGAUGCAGGAGGAUUCGGCUGUUUCUGCAACGUCUGCUGCACCCUCCUCCUUCAGCAGCAGCAACCCAGUGUCACAAACCACGAAAACCACAGCUCCACUCAUCCCUAACGAGCACACACCUGAUGAUGCCAAGCCGAGCAUUGCCACCUCAGCAGAGACGAGCCCCCCCCCCAAAGAGGAACUCCCUCCUGCUCCAAAGGUCCCGCCCCUGGCUUCACCCGAGACGGAUGCAGAGGCAUCCCUCGUCAAGGACAAGGCCCAUUAGCUGCAUGAGGGGGUGGCUCUCGUCAUAGCCAUUUCCCCCUGCAUCCUGCCUGGUCAGGAACUGAAACAUUAAUAAUCAAUGUGUGAUUACUGUGCGGGUGACUCAGUUAUUCUCCGACGCCCGCCCUACAUUCCACCAGAAGAGGAGAGUUUCUGCGGCAGCUCCUCCUCUUCCCUCCUCUCCUCACCAGUAGCUGCAGAGCCGUUUGAUUGACACCUACUCCUGCAGCAGGGGGAGGGAUUUAAUGGAAAGUCAGCAGCUUCCUCGGUGUCCUGAACACUGCAUGGAAAAGACACGCAGGGGGAGAAGCUGCUGGAAGAACUGCAGAGAAAAAAAAAUUCUACGCGUAUGAAUUCCCCACAGGUCACCUGUGGGUCGCUCUGAUUGUCAGUACUACUUUUGUUCUUUAUUUAAAAUUGGCAUAAUGACAUUUAUUGUGAGAGGCCAGUUCAAAUAUACUCCUUGCAAGUGUCUGGCAAAGACAAUAUUACUUCUGGACAUGUAUAAAACUUCCUACAUAGUUUUCUGUUGUGUGCAUAUUACAUGCCCUAUGCAAACCAUGGAAAGGCUGGACAAGCAGCUUUUAGAAGAGUGUGGACAGAAGGGUUAACACCCGAUGUCCAGGCAGGGGGAGGAUGUGCAAAUCCUUAGCGGAGAUAUCCUAAAGGCUCCUUCCAGAAAAGUCAAAAUCUACCUUGUAUUCUGAUAUUGCUGCAUCAGUACUGUUGUUACUUACAUGCAUCUUUUUUUUUUUUUUUUUAAGUGAUCCAGACCAACGCAUGUCCUUCCAUUUUUAUAUAUCAAGGAUGUAGUGUGACGUCGGCGCUCUGAAAUAGAUGAAAUUGCUUGACACACAGAUAAAGAUCUUGUACCCAGGAGACAGUCAGCCAGAGUCCCAUUGUGUGUGAGAGAAAGGGCCUGACUUCUGAUGAUAGUAGGCACAAGUAGUAACAGUGCCUUAUCAUAAUGCAACUGAAGGCGACCAACUGAGAAGGCCUUGAGAUCCGUUCUAACCACUGAUACUAUGUUAAAUGAGAAAUGCCAACGUGUAUACCCUUAUUAGUCUAGUGGUUCCCAACCUGGAGGUUAGGACCCCCAUAAGGGGUCACGCGAUUAUUUAAGGAAUAGACAUUUUGGGGAAAAGCUUAUUCGCUUUCCUGCCGAGAGUAAGAUAAGAAGAUUGGUACUCUCAUGUCCUUAUAGUAAAUAUGAAGCUACAGCCAGGAGAUGGUUAGCUUAGCAUAAAGACUGGGAACAGAGGUAAACCAGUAAAACAUGAGCCUGCCAGCACCUCUAAAGCUCACUAAUUAUUACGCUGUAUCGCAUUUGAUUAUUGUGUACAAAACAGUGUAUUUUUUUUACAGCUGGAACCCUUUCUUGACUUCCUGUUAUUCUCGCACUUUUUUUGUACAGAUUAAAUUAAAAAAAUUGAGUUAAAGAGGUGCUGGAAGGUGUAUUUUUGAACUUUGGACAGAGCUAGGCUAGCCAUUUCCCUGAUUCCAGUCUAAUGCUAAUCUAUGCUAACCAGCUGCUGGCUGUAGCUUCAUAUUUAGCGUACAGACAUGAGAGCGACAUCGAUCUUCUUAUCUAAUUCUUAGCAAAAAAUCUAAUCAAAAGUGUAUUCCCUGAUAAUGUAUUAAUUUUAACAGAAUAGGAAAAAGAAAUUUCAGCUACAUAAUACUAAAAUGUGUGCUUUUUCUGUUGUUGAAUUUCUCCCCUUAGAAAUGAAAGAAAAGUACAAUCUGAGAAGAAAUAAUUACAAUUGAACUGAUCACAGCUGGUAGGCACAUGACAUUUCUGUGUUUUAGUGGGGCACAGAUCUGAAAGGUUGGGAACCACUGAAUUAGUCCUUUAUGAAGCAAAAACUAAGCAAAGCCAUUGUUGAACUGUACAUAGAUUUAGAAGGUUGUUUGGUGAGGAGGAAAGAUUGCAGCAAAGUUUUGUUUUUUGAAGCAUAAGUUCGGCGUACGCCUCCUGCUAAUCGAACCAGAGCUGAUCCUCCUCUGAGUCCUCUCUCUUCCUGCCGUCUUCCGCCUCCUCUUCCUAUACAAACAAAUUUAACUCUUCUCCUUUUCCUUGCUUCUUCGCUGUGACAGUUAUCCCUACGGUACGCCCAAGGCCGAGGCAGCCCCCCCCCCCCUGCAGCCGUCUGUGGCAGGCUCAUUAUCGCCGACAUAAAGCCGAGGCAGAGAGAUCUUUCUCUUCACACAUCUGUGUUUUUCAGCCUUUAAUAUAGCUUGAGAGUUUAUUUUGUUUUGGUCACAGAUCGCUGGAUGAGAAAGGAUCCACACAAAGGAAAGAGGGAGAGAGAGAAAGUAAAGGUUAUUCUUAGUAUUUAAAUGAUGUUAGCUGAUAGCGAGGGUUUGUAACAGUGAUUGUGUUGUAUGCAAGACAGAGUUAGUGUUUGUGAAAUAUACUUGUGUAGUGUGUCAACAGCAUUGUAUCAGACUCUGGAAUCUGCCUGAGAUUAUUUAUUAUAAAGGUCACAAUUUCUCCUUAAGAUUUUAUUUGCCAAACAAAGAGUGGAAAAUGAAUGUUAGGAUGCUGAGAUUGUUUACAUCUGUUUGAUUAUUUUCAUUGUACCAUAAUAUUGGUGGAGCAGUUUCAGAUAUUAGACACUUUGGAUGAUAAAAGAUUAAUCUAGGCCAUUUUCCCAUUAUUGGUCAUCUAUGGAAGAUUUUCUUGAUUACCUUAUUGCUGGUUUGGUCUAUAUAAUGUCAGAAAAUAGGGAAAAGUUGACAUUCAGUCCAAACACCAAAUCCAAAACCCAAAAAUAUUCAAUUAAAUAUCAGAAAAUAUUUAUUUGAAAAGCUGGAACUAGCAAAUUUUGGGCAUACUGUAUGUGCUUUAAAUAAUUGUUGGCAAUACAUUUUCUGUCGAUCGACUAAUCAAUUAAAUGGUUAAUAGUUUCAGCUCUAGAUUAAUCUCUACACUCAGAUGGGAAAAGGAGAGAUAAGUGACACAUCUUCAUUGGGAGAAGCUGCAAAGUGUGUGGCAGUAUUUUUUCGUGAAGUAUAAAAAGGGUAACUGCUGAGUAUUUGUUUAUAAAACCUUCCAAUAAGAAGUACUAAUCCAAAACCAGUUUUAAAGCUCCACUUACCGGUUGAACUUUCUUUGUGGAAAGUAUUUGAAGACAGUUUGGUGUAUUUGAUCGCUUUGCGUUGCUGUCACCGAGAAGCAAGAAUGUAUGUGAUUGUUAUUCGAUAAAAGGGACGUGAGAUUUUAAAAGGGACGGCUUAAUUUUUAGCUCUAAAGGUUUUGCAUACUGUAGAUCCGAGCUGAGCUCUUGUAGGAUGAUUCUUGUGUUAAAAUGCCAAGAUGUGGUCAGAUCUGAAUGCUCUGAUCAAUCUAUUACAUUGCAUUAUGUAUACAGAUACAGUACUAUACCAUUGAUGGAACUUGUUAUUUAUGUUCACUUUGUUAAGUAUCAGCACUGUGAUUAUAUGUAUUUCACUCAAUUUGCUUCACUUCUUUUUACAUGAUCAAUGUGUCUGGUAAAUAAACAAUAUUGUCUUAUUA